GGAUCUUCGGUCCCUCCUAUCACUCCAAGACACCCAUCCGCGCCGAGACCGAGACCAAGACUUUGACCUCACAGGCUCACACUGGCCGCCACCAUGUCGCAGCCGCAGACUGUGCCAUGCGCCUACAAGACUGGCCGGACGCUGGGCCAGGGCACCUAUGCCGUCGUCAAGGAGGCCGUCCACAUCAAGACGGGCAAGUACUACGCGUGCAAGGUCAUCAGCAAGCGUCUCAUGGAGGGCCGGGAGCACAUGGUGCGAAACGAGAUUGCUGCGCUGAAAAAGGUCUCGCAGGGCCACCGGAGCAUCGUCACCCUUGUCGACUACUUUGAGACGAUGAACAACCUCUACCUCGUCACCGACCUCUGCGUCGGCGGCGAGCUCUUUGACCGCAUCUGCGAGCGCGGGAGCUACUACGAGCAGGACGCCGCGCACAUCGUCAAGACCAUCACCGAGGCCGUCGUCUAUCUUCACAGCCAGGGCAUCGUACACCGAGAUCUCAAGCCAGAGAACCUGUUGUUCAGAGACAAGAGCGAAGACUCGGACCUGCUCAUCGCCGACUUUGGCCUGUCGAGGGUUGUUGAUGACGAGAAGAUCACUGUGCUUAGCACAACAUGCGGCACACCAGGCUACAUGGCCCCGGAGAUCUUCAAGAAGACCGGACACGGAAAGCCCGUUGACAUGUGGGCGAUUGGCGUCAUCACAUACUUUCUUCUCUGCGGCUACACACCCUUUGACCGCGACACGACGAUGGAGGAGAUGCAGGCAAUCAUCAAUGCCGACUACUCUUUCGAGCCGGCCGUCUACUGGCAGGGCGUGUCGCAGGAGGCGCGGGACUUUGUCAACAAGCUCCUCACCAUCAACCCUGCCGACCGGCUCACGGCCUCGCAGGCCCUCGAGCACCCGUGGCUCACGACCAACGCAGCACGGGAAGGAGGCGAGCAGCGCGACCUGCUGCCGGACAUCAAGAGCGCAUUCAAUGCGAAAAAGACGUUCAAGAAGGCUGUCAAUGGAAUCCGCCUCAUCAACCGGUUACGCUCCGAGACGCACGACGUGCCAAAGGAGGAGAUGGACCAGCUCCGGAAGGGCAUCGAAGAGGCAGAAACGGAAGCGGCAAACGUCAACGAGGUCCUCGCUCAGUAAUGGUGGUUUCUUCUUCGCCUUCCCUCUCUCGUCCCUCGUCGUUUACCGUCGUAUAUAUUUAUAGCUUAAUGGAUCCGCGACUAUGCUUUUGGGUCU